GAGAGCGUAGUGGAGGAGGCUCGGUUGUGAGUAGUGCCCCGAGUGCGGAGAGCCCGGGUUAGGGGAGCGCGGCGGUGGCACCGGGCUCAGUCGGAUCUCCGAGGGGAGUGACUAGGAGACCCGGGUGGGCUACUUUUCUUGCGGUGUUUUUGAUUUUUUUUUCCUGCCUUUGGUUCGGGUCGAGUGUCGCCCUCUGAGCAGCGAUCCCCUAGCAAAACCCGGAGCGACCCUCCCGCCAAUUGUUGGGCUCGGGAUCGCCGGGAGCGUCGCAGUGCCCCGAGCGCGCCGGGCGCGAAGGCACAGGGAGCGGAGCCGGCCGCGCGCGGGGGCCCGGAGCUUGCCUGCGUCCCUCGCUCGCCCCAGAGGGUCCGCUCGCGCAGGGCGCAGGGCGCGCGCCAUGAAGGCGGUGAGCCCGGUGCGCCCCUCGGGCCGCAAGGCGCCGUCGGGCUGCGGUGGCGGGGAGCUGGCGCUGCGCUGCCUGGCCGAGCACGGCCACAGCCUGGGCGGCUCGGCCGCCGCGGCGGCGGCGGCGGCGGCAGCGCGCUGCAAGGCGGCCGAGGCGGCGGCAGACGAGCCGGCGCUGUGCCUGCAGUGCGAUAUGAACGAUUGCUACAGCCGCCUGCGGAGGUUGGUGCCCACCAUCCCACCCAACAAGAAAGUCAGCAAAGUGGAGAUCCUGCAGCACGUUAUCGACUACAUCCUGGACCUGCAGCUGGCGCUGGAGACGCACCCGGCUCUGCUGAGGCAGCCGCCACCGCCCGCGCCGCCGCACCACCCGGCCGGGACCUGUCCGGCCGCGCCGCCGCGGACCCCGCUCACGGCGCUCAACACCGACCCGGCCGGCGCGGUGAACAAGCAGGGCGACAGCAUUCUGUGCCGCUGAGCCGCGCUGUCCAGGUGAGC